AUGUUCGGCUUCGGUACUCUCGCAACGCUCCUGGUGCUCGUGUCCGCUGCGGUCGCGGACACGAUGCUCGCUGCCGUCUAUACACCCGGCCACUACAAAGUGGUGCUCGACCCCGCCUUCCCCGUGCCCACUCCCGGCGAAGGUCAGGUGCUGCUCAAGGUCGCCGCGUGCGGCAUAUGCCACUCGGACGUGUUCUUCCUCUCCGCCGCGCGUCCGGAUCCGCGCACCUAUAUCUUGGGCCACGAGAUUGUAGGCACUCCUACUCAGCUCGGACCGGGCGUGCAGAACAUCAGCCUCACGCAGCUUUACGGGGUCUAUCUCGUGGACUUCACCCAGCCGGAUCUGUUCCACUUCACCACCGGCACCGGCCUAAACGGCGGCUACGCCGAGUUCGUCCUCGUCAACCAGGCGCAGCUCAUCCCGGUCCCAGAUGGCUUGGCCCCCGAGAUCGCAGCGCUGGCGUCGGACUCGCUGAUCACGGUGUUCAAGGCGGUCAACAACGUCGCGCAGGUCACCACCGGGGACCGCGUGCUCAUCUAUGGCGCCGGCGGGCUCGGGCACCAGGCGGUCCAGCUGGCUCUGCACCUGGGUGCCACUGCGACGGUUUUCGCGGUGGACCUGCGGCCGGAGGCGCGCCAGCUCGCGCUCGACCUUGGCGCGGAGCAGGCGUUUGACCUCGAGGACCUCACGGCGGCGACGGGCAACGGGACGUUCCACGUCGACAAGGUGAUCGACUUCGUUGCGAGCGCCGCGGUGGCGCUUACUGUGUCUGAGGGUGUCGACGGGCUGGCAAACCCUGGGAGGAUCGUCAUUGUCGGGUUCAGCGCCGAUAGCCUCAGCUUUGCCUCGGCGGACCUCAUCUUGGCCAACAUCGCCGUGUCUAGUAGCACUUACGGGUCGCAGGACGAUAUGCGUUCCUCGCUUGAUUUGCUUGCUCAGGGAGUCAUUCGCCCCAAUGUUACGGUCGUUGCCCUCGAGGACAUCAACACGGCGCUUGAUGCGCUGAAGGCGCACGAGGUAACUGGACGUAUGGUGGUCGUGCCAGGCUUUAACUCGACCGCCGCGACGAAUGGCCGUCGGUAA